AUGAUGGCAAUCAUUUGGUUCGUUCUUUGUUGUUCUGCCUUAUCGGCAAGAGCAAGUAAUCAAACCACGAUCCCUGUUAAACCAUUAUCAGAAAACAUCUCUGGAUUCAGUUUGGAGUUGCUGCUAACUAAGCUGGAGUUUAUCCAACAUACGCAAAAAGAGAUGUAUGAUAAACUCUUUGCUGUGCUUGGUAAACUCGAGGGUGAGAUUGGCCGUAAUUUCAGUGAGCUACAGGAACGAUCGCUUCGGCAAGUAACGUGCGCCGGCCAUGGCGGCCCACAGAUACCGAAACAAACUUCUCCCACAUCAACAACAGAACAGACCGAGAGUGUCACCUAUCCAUCGUGUAAAGAGGUUCCAUCGAAAAUUUCCGGACCGUACCUUAUCCGUAUCAGUAACGAAAGUGACCCCUUCACGGCGUACUGUGAGCAGCAAGCGUUCGACGGCGGUUGGCUGGUGGUGCAGCAUCGGUUCGAUGGAUCACUGGACUUUUUCCGCAGGUGGACCGACUAUCGAAACGGCUUCGGUGACAUCAAUAAGGAGUUUUGGUUUGGUUUGGAGAAGCUGCAUCAGCUCACAUCAACACGUCCGUAUGAGUUGAUUGUUGAGAUUAAGGACUUCAAUGAUAAUUAUGCCUAUGCCCGUCAUGACGCGUUCGCCAUUGGCAGCGAAAGUGAGAAGUAUAGACUCAAAACGCUGGGAGCAUACAGUGGAACCGCUGGGGAAGCGAUGGCCCAUGGAUUGGGAAUGCAGUUUUCAACGCAGGAACGCGACAAUGACCGCUGUAACGUUAAUUGUGCUGCUGUCUACAAGGGCGCUUGGUGGUAUAGCAAUGGUCCUUAUUCAAAUUUAAAUGGAUUGUACAUGAACUCCAGCGAUGGUAGAGCGAUGGUUUGGUAUACCCCUAAAAGAACCUACACGGGAAUGAGUUAUUCGAGAAUGAUGAUUCGUCCUUUAAAGUAG